AAUAGAGACACGCGCGGUAGAGCCGACGAAACACAUCUGCGAGAGCGAGAGAGGCGAGUUCAAGAGAAGUCGUUUCAAUUGAUAAAGCAAAGAGAGGAGCAGACGCCGUCAAAAGGAUGUAAAAAGGAUUUAUGACUCACUCAGAGACUGAAGAGAAAGUUUGAUGGAGGAAAAAACUGAAAGCACUCUGGAUUGCACUUUCCCAAACAUUUAAACCCGAGGCUGCGCUGAAGUCUCCACGCCAGGAAUAUUUAGCGCCGAAUGAUCGACAGCCCUGAAGGAGACGUGGCCACAAUGACCGCAUUCUCUUCAUCCUACUCCUCUCUUCCGACCUCUACUUCCUCCCUCCCACUUCCCAUGUCACCCUUAUUCUCUGCCACCUCCUCCUCCUCUCCGUUCUCCAUCUCGCCCUCCUCCCCGAACCAGACGGGGUGUUCCUUUGACGACGCCGCCCUCCGUCUGCCGCUGGCCGCCCUCUACUCCCUGUUCUUCGUCUUCGGCCUCGUGGGUAACCUCUUCGCCCUGUGGGUCUUCCUGUUCCUACAUUCCAGCCGCAAUUCGGUGCGGGUGUUCCUCAUCAACUGUGCCGUGGCGGACCUGGUCCUCCUGGCGUGCCUGCCCUUCAGGGUCUUCUACCACGUCCACGGGAACCAGUGGGUUCUGGGAUCGGUGGCCUGCAGCGUGGUGGGGAACCUGUUCUACAUGAACAUGUACAUCAGUAUCACUUUACUGGGCCUCAUCAGCCUGGACAGAUAUGUGAGGCUGAAGGGGAAAGGCGGAGCGUGGCGACGAGCGGCGCUGCGGGGCUGCGGCCGGCCGUGGAGCUGGGUGGCGUGCGGCGCCCUGUGGGGCCUGUCGCUGGCGGCGCUGGUGCCCAUGAUCGCCACGGCGGAGGACAAAGAGGACGGCGGCAAGUGCUUCCAGUACAAGGCGCGCAGCAGCAAAGCCAAAGGGAAGGCCUACUUCAACGCGGUGCUGGUGCUGCUGUUCUGGCUCGUCUUCGUCAUGCUGGUGGUCUCCUACGCCAAGAUCGCCUCUCGGCUGCUGAGGGCGUCCCGGGACAAGCCGGACCUCCCCAACGCGCACCGCUACCAACGGACCGCCAAGAAGUCCUUCUUCGUCCUCUUCCUGUUCACCGUGUGCUUCGGGCCCUACCACGCCUUCCGCCCCGUCUACAUCCUCUCCCAGCUCAGCGAGGGGGGAUCGUGCGACUACCUGCAACGGGUGGACCGCACCAACGAGGUGAUGCUGUUGCUCUCCGCCUUCAACAGCUGCCUGGAUCCCGUCAUGUACUUCCUGUUGUCCGGCUCCGUGCGCAAAACCGCCCUGCGGGCACUCGGGCGCCGGCUCGGCAAGCGGCUCGUCUCCCUGAACGACGCGACGUCAAACAGCUCGACGGCUUUCCCCAACUCCGGAGUCAACGCCCCCUCAGCCACGCCCCGGGCGAGCAUCUCCGCCUUCAACUCCACCCUCCACUGCACGGGGCUGAACACGCUGCCACCUACUGGCCAACAGUGAUUCCCCGGACGACACGAGCCCGAAUAAACGUGCGACGACGACGUCAAACUGGGCAAAGCGUUGCGACACUUACCUCUCAUUACCGAGCUAUUCUUACCGAGUCGGCUCCUGAACACCCUUGUUGUCUGGGAACGUUUAAAUUCUAGUUGUUUAAUACCAGAGAGACAAUCUGUAAUAAUCGUGUCUUUACGGAAUAAACCAGCUGCAUAGA